UUCUCAAAGAAACCUCGCUAAGCGGCCAUGGCAGUCUCCAUCGUGAUCACCUUAUUCCUCUCCCUCUUUUUCACCUCAUCUCUAGCCACAGACAUGUCCAUCCUCACUUACAACCACCAACACCACGAUCAUCAUCAUCAUGAUCAACACUCAUCCAACUGGAGAGCCGACGAUGAGGUGAUGAGCAUCUACUUAUCCUGGGCCGCGAAGCAAGGAAAAGCACAAAACGACUUAGGGGAGCAAGAGAAGAGGUUUGGGAUCUUCAAAGACAAUUUAAAGUUUAUCGACGAGCACAACUCUCGAAACGCUACGUACAAGCUCGGCCUGACGAAGUUCGCGGAUUUGACCAACGAAGAGUACCGGGCCCGGUUUCUAGGCACCGUAUCGGACGCCAAGCGCAGAGUCAUGAAGGCGAAAUCGGCUAGCCGGAGGUACGCUUUCAGUGUCGGCGACGAGUUGCCGGAGAGUGUGGACUGGAGAGAGAAAGGUGCUGUUGCGCCGAUCAAAGAUCAAGGCAACUGCGGAAGUUGCUGGGCGUUUUCAACAAUAGCGGCAGUGGAAGGCAUAAACCAGAUAGUGACCGGAGAACUUAUCUCUUUAUCCGAACAGGAACUUGUAGACUGUGACAGACAAUACAAUUCGGGAUGUAAUGGCGGUUUGAUGGAUUAUGCCUUCAAGUUCAUAACCGAAAAUGGCGGCAUAGACACCGAACGACACUACCCUUACCAUGCUGUUAAUGGCAACUGUGAUCCUGCUCGGAAGAAUUCUAAGGUUGUGAGCAUUGAUGGGUAUGAAGAUGUGGUGGCUUCGGAUGAGAUGGCAUUGAAGAAGGCAGUCGCUCAUCAGCCUGUUAGUGUCGCCAUUGAAGCUGGUGGCAGAUAUUUACAGCACUACCAAUCCGGUGUUUUUACUGGGGAAUGUGGUACGGAUCUAGAUCACGGUGUAAUAAUUGUUGGGUACGGCACCGAAAAUGGGGUGGACUAUUGGCUGGUGAGGAACUCAUGGGGCACCAACUGGGGAGACAGUGGGUAUAUCAAGAUUGAGCGUAAUUUUGCCAGGAACAAAAAUGGCAAGUGCGGGAUUGCAAUGGAAGCCUCUUAUCCGUUAAAGACCAGCCUAAACCCUAUACAAACAACCCAGAAAAAUGAGAACGACAUUGAAGGGGGUAAAAUUACCAGUGCAUGAUUGAGUAUUUGUUCAUUUUCCCAAGAGAAAAGUAGACGAAGAAGAAGAAGAAGAAGAAGAAGCAAUAGUCAUGAAAUCAUUGCGAGAAUGGGUUGAUGUAUUUUGUGUUCAUCGUCCAUCAUUCAUCUAUAUUUUAUUUUAAGGGCAGCCACUCAUUUAUCCUUUUUCUAAUUCAGUCCGACAAUCAUGGUUGUAUGUAUAUAAGUAUUCCAAAUUCAGUACCUGCAAAAUCCGGCUGUAUUCCUAAUUCAUCCUGGUUUUAGUUUCCCAUUUGGUUCGUGUUACUGUUCUUUAUGUUAAACUAAUCCUUAUCAACUUAAUAAUUUUCGCUU